AUGCACUCUCGUUUCCUUGUCUUUGGUCUCCCCAGGUCACUGCCUUCCCUGCCACCGUCCCCUGCCCCUCCUUGCCUUCCAUCCCACGUCCGUGGACAGGGCGGAGAGUGCUACUUCCUGCUGGUAGUUGACGACUACACGCGUUACACCAUGGUCUUCCCCUUACGCACCAAGGUAGAGGUCCCUGCAGUCUUGAUCCCUUGGAUCCGCGCUACUUGUCUCCAGCUGGAGAGGCGCUUCCGCACGGACCUUCCUGUCCUGCGACUAUACUCUGACAGAGGUGGUGAGUUUUCCUCCGGCCUCUUGGAGGCCUUCUGUCAAGGGGAGGGCAUUGAGCAGACGUUCAUGCUUCCGGCCUCUCCUCAGCAGAAUGGGAUUGUUGAGCGCCACAUUGGCUUGGUCAUGGAGGUUGCUCGUACCUCCUUGAUCCACGCGGCUGCCCCCCAUUUUCUGUGGCCGUUUGCGGUCCGGUACGCCACGCAUCAGCUCAACCUCUGGCCCUGUGUCUCCGUUACGGAGACCUCGCCAACACUCCGUUGGACGGGAGCGGUUGGCGAUGCGUCUGUGCUCCGUGUCUGGAGAUCUUGUGCCUUUGUUCGCGAUACAUCCGCGGACAAGCUCUCCUCCCGUGCCGUUCCUUGUGUCUUCCUGGGCUUUGUCCCUGAUGCGCCUGGCUGGCAGUUUUACCACCCCACCUCGCGCCGUGUCUUCCCCUCUCAGGACGUCACGUUUGACGAGUCGGUCCCCUUUUUCCGUUUCUUCCCCUAA